CAGUAGUUGGUACUAUUUACCAGGCAAUUUCCCAGAAAUAAUUACCAUAUGUUGUCCCGUCGUGCCUAUAGUUCUGCUGCCAGCGCCCUCAAGGUCGCUGCUAGAGAUUCAGCUUCUGAAUUGACCACCCUUUCCGUCGUUGUUAAAAACGCUGGUUCCAAGAAUGGUGCCAAAUCCGGUCUUUCUCAUUUAUUAUCCAAAUACACAUUUUUAAACACCCAAUCCAAGUCAGCAUUGAGAUUUGCCAGAGAGUCCGAAUUAUUGGGUGGUGCUUUCUCCAGUCAAGUUACCAGAGACGCCUUGAUCUUAAACACUCAAUUUUUAAAGGCUGAUUUACCAUACUAUGUCGAAGCCUUGGGUAACGUUUUGGCCGGUACUCAGUUCAGACCUCACGAAUACGUUGAAGUCGUCUUGCCAGCCGCCAGAGCCGAAUACCAAGCCGCUAGACUCGACAAUGCUUACAAUGCCUUGGAAGAAUUACACGCUAUAUCCUUCAGAAAGGGGUUAGGUAACCCAUUGCUCUACGAUGGUACCACCCCAAUCUCCAGUGAAGAAGUUCAACAAUUUGCUCAAGAAUCCUUCAAGAGCGGUAACGUUUCCGUUCUUGCUGACGGUGCCAACAGCGAAGAUUUACUCGGCUUUGUUCAAGAAUCCUUAUUGACCCAAUUACCAGCCGGUGCCUCUGAAUCCACUCCAGUCGAAAUCUUCAAGGGUAAAGAAUCCAGAAUCAGAGCCAGCGGUCAAUCCGUUGCUUUAAUUGGUGUUCCUAUCAAGCCAGCUGAUUUCGGUAAAUACGAAGUUCUCUCCGCUGCCAUUGGUUCUGCCAUUUUACCAAGUGCCAACACCCAAUUGGGUAAGAUUGGUGGUGCUUCCCAAGUCUACAAAUACCAAGAUGCUGGUUUGUUUGUUGUUUCUGUUUCCGGUACCGGUGCCCAAGUUGCCCAAGGUAUCAAGCAAGCCAAGAAGAUUGUCGAUUCAGUUGCCAACUCUGAAUUGACCAACGCCGUCAAGUCUGCUGAAUUGGCUUUGGCUUUACAAUCCUCUGUGGUGUCUCCUGCAGAUGUCAAGGUUGAAGCUGCCCAAGCUCCAUUGGGUGACUUCAACUACGUUGCUAUUGGUGAUGUUGAUGUGUUACCUUAUGCUAGCGAUUUAUAAAUAGUGUGACCAAGUUGUCAUUUAUAUACAUAAUACAAAAUAUAAACAGUCUACGUAAUAAAUACACGAUGUCUAAGUAAG